AUGGAAGUGUUUGUCAAAGAACCAUCGGAGCAUAGUCAUGCACCUAAUCCAGAUCGUGUUCAUGUUAUUCGAUUGAAACAUGAAAUUAAAGCCCGUGGUUCAUCAUCGGAUGAAGCGAUCAGCAUUAUAUUAUUUGAUGCAUUACGUAGUAUUCCAUUGAAUGCAGUUCCUGGCUUACCAACGAACAAUGCAUUAAUGCAAACAAUUCGUCGUCAUACAUAUAAUUAA